AUGGCCGUCCCCUCCGUCAGCCAAUCGCGCCCGUCCAUGCAGAUCCCCCGCCCCUCCGUCGCCCAAUCGCGUCCUUCCAUUCGGACCGCGCUCCCGCCUUCGGGCCGCGCCCCUUUCCGUCGGCCAAUCGCGCCCGUCCAUUCGGACCGCGCUCCCUCCCUCGGGCCACGCCCCCCCUCCGUCAUCCAAUCAUCCCCGCCCCAGCGGAUCGCCGUCCCCUCCGUCAGCCAAUCGCGCCCCUCCAUUCGGACCGCGCUCCCGCCUUCGGGCCACGCCCCCUUCCGUCAUCCAAUCAUCCCCGCCCAUGCAGAUGGCCGUCCCCUCCGUCAGCCAAUCGCGCCCUUCCAUUCGGACCGCGCUCCCUCCCUCGGGCCACGCCCCCCCUCCGUCAUCCAAUCAUCCCCGUCCCUGCGGAUCGCCGUGCCCUCCGUCAGCCAAUCGCGCCCGUCCAUGCAGAUCCCCCGCCCCUCCGUCGCCCAAUCGCGCCCUUCCAUUCAGACCGCGCUCCCUCCCUCGGGCCACGUCCCCCCUCCGUCAUCCAAUCAUCCCCGCCCCAGCGGAUCGCAGUCCCCUCCGUCAGCCAAUCGCGCCCCUCCAUUCGGACCGCGCUCCCGCCUUCGGGCCACGCCCCCUUCCGUCAUCCAAUCAUCCCCGCCCAUGCAGAUGGCCGUCCCCUCCCGGGAGCCGGAGCCGGAGCCGGCGCUGCGGCGGCCUUCGGCGGCCCCGGGAGCCCCGGGGGAGGGAGGCCUCCCCGUGCGGCUGCGGCUGAGCCCCGACCAGCGGCGCCGCCAGGACGACGCCAUCCGCCGCCACCAGAUCAACACCUUCCUCAGCGACCGCAUCUCCCUCCACCGCCGCCUGCCCCUGCGAUGGCACCCUCUGUGCAACGAGAAGAAAUACGAUUAUCGCCGUUUGCCCAGAACGUCCGUCGUCAUCGCCUUUUACAACGAGGCCCGGUCGACGCUCCUGCGAACGGUCCACAGCGUCCUCGAGACCUCCCCGGAUGUCUUGCUCAACGAAGUCAUCCUCGUGGACGACUACAGCGAUAAAGGACACUUAAAGGAGCCCUUGGAGAACCACUUGGCCGGUUUACCCAAGGUCCGCCUGAUCCGCGCCAGUAAGAGGGAGGGGCUGGUCCGAGCCCGGCUGCUGGGAGCUUCGAUAGCCACGGGGCAAGUGCUCACCUUCCUCGACUGCCACUGCGAGUGCCACGAAGGCUGGCUGGAGCCCCUCCUGGAGCGAAUUCGGGAAGAAGAGUCGGCCGUGGUGUGUCCGGUGAUCGACGUGAUUGACUGGAAUACAUUCGAAUACCUGGGGAACGCCGGCGAGCCGCAGAUCGGGGGCUUCGACUGGAGACUGGUGUUCACGUGGCACCCGAUCCCGGAGAGGGAGCAGAAGCGAAGGCGGUCCAAGGUGGAUGUCAUCAGGUCCCCCACCAUGGCUGGAGGACUGUUUGCUGUGAGUAAGAAGUAUUUUGAGUAUCUUGGCUCGUACGAUACCGGAAUGGAAGUCUGGGGAGGAGAAAAUCUUGAAUUCUCUUUCAGGAUCUGGCAGUGUGGAGGAAGUCUUGAGAUCCACCCGUGUUCUCACGUGGGUCACGUUUUCCCUAAACAAGCUCCUUACUCCCGGAGCAAAGCCCUGGCUAACAGCGUGAGAGCAGCGGAGGUCUGGAUGGAUGGAUACAAAGAGCUUUAUUACCACCGCAAUCCACACGCCCGGCUGGAACCAUAUGGAGAUGUGACGGCUAGGCGGGAUCUUCGCAGUAAGCUCAAAUGCCGGGAUUUCAAGUGGUUCUUGGAGAACGUAUAUCCAGAGCUACACGUCCCGGAAGAUCGCCCGGGCUACUUUGGCAUGCUGAAGAAUAAAGGGAUGGAAAAUCACUGUUUUGACUACAACCCGCCGGAUGAGAACGAAGUAACGGGUCAGAGGCUCAUUUUAUACCCCUGCCACGGAAUGGGACAAAAUCAGUUCUUCGAGUAUACCUCCCAUCAUGAAAUCCGCUACAACACCCGUCACCCGGAAGCGUGCGCGGCAGUCGACGUGGGGACGGACUAUGUAACCAUGUAUCUGUGUCAAGAAAAUGUUCCUGAAAAUCAGAAGUUUAUAUUUCAGGAGGAUGGUUCUCUACUUCAUGUUCAAUCUCAAAAGUGCCUCCAAGCAGAAGCGAACGCGUACAAUGGCAACCCUGCCCCUCUCCUGCGGCCCUGUACCAACUCCGACCACCAGAAGUGGUUCUUCAAAGAAAGAGCUUAACCUGACCCAAAUCAUCUUGUUCAGCUGCUCCUUGCGGGGAGCUAUUGACUCGAUGAAGGAAGUCUUCCUUCAAAGCUCGCCUGGGAGUUUUUAAUAAGAAAAUCACGUUUACAGGACGGGAAAAUGUUUGCGGGAAAGAGCGAGGCUUAAAGUUUUAAACUUUGUUCUCUUCAUUUGCUAGCUCACAUGUUUCUCAGAAUGGGGGCGGGUGGGGGACGACACCGGAUCUUUGUCGCUUUGGGUAUUUAAUAAGUUAAAGUUUACUGAUCUGCCAUGAA